AUGUCAACACCAACAAAAAAGCCAGCCAUCUAUGAAGAAUCAACUCAAUAUCAACACUGGCGGUUUAGUCCAGAACAGCUCUGGACUAUUCGUAAUAAACGAACAGAAGAAGCUAUUGAUCGCGUAAAGAAGAACCAAAAGAAGGAUUCAGAAGUAGACGACGAAAAGUUUCUUUCAGCAAAAGAAGAACUGGCAUUAUGUCGGUUUUAUGAAAAACAGUUGGAAGGCAUGUGCAAGCAUUUGAAAUUCAGUGAUAUGGUCAUGGCAACAGCUGUGAUCUAUAUGAAGCGAUUCUUUUUAUACAAUACUGUUAUGGAUUAUCAUCCCAAGGAUAUCUUUUUGACUUGUCUGUUUCUAGCUACCAAGUCAGAAAGUGAGAGAAUAUCAAUAGAGGAUUUCGGAAAGUCGCUGCGACUCCCAUCUACAGAAGGUGUACUCAACCUAGAAUUCACAGUCUCUCAGGGACUCAAGUUUCAGUACUAUGUACAUCAUCCAUUUAGACCGGCUUAUGGCCUAUUUUUAGAUAUGCAACAGUCUGUUGAUAUGAAGACGCUAAAAUUAGUGUAUAAACAUGUCGUGAACCAUGCUAUUCCUGAUAUGCUGCUAACGGAUCUACCGCUGAUUUAUCAACCCUCUCAACUUGCACUUGCAGCCUUCAUGAUUGCUAGCAAAGAUCAUGCUGGAUUCCAAGAUCAGAUUAAGAAUUACAUACAAGAAAAGUUUAAUGAGUCAAAUUCUGCAAAGCUGCUCAGUAUCAUUAAUGGAAUCAUUGAGUUAUUCACAGAAGAUCAUAAACCGGUAUUACAAGACGAAGCAAAGAAGAUUGAUUAUCGUCUACGUCUGGUGACCUAUCCAGAUACAACCCUGUAA